CCCGCGUCUCCGUCUCUCCCCUCCUUGCUCGUCAUGCUGACCUGAGCGCUUGACGCUGCCAUCCAAACCCCUCAAGUCCCUCCCCCACAGUCCAGACGGGAGGAGACGAGGACUACGAUGUGGAACGUGUCUGACAUGUGCGAUGACCUUCAUCACAGGGACUUCUCCUCUCUAGAUAUGCUCAAGCUUAUAUUCCCCUCCACCUACUCCUUCCUCUCCCACCAAGUCCCCUAUCUGCUCGGUAUCUCCGUCAUCGACAGGCUGUUUCCUCCAUGGACCGUCCGGCAGUGCCCGGAGAUCCGCUGGGAGGUUGAGCUUCCAGAGGAGCGAAGACUCUACUUGAGGAACCCGACCCUGAUCCUCAUCCAGCUUUCCGGGAUCCUGGUUGGGAUUGUUGGUGCGCUCCACUGGUUUCAUGGGAGUAGGAGGAGGAGGGAGUUGGUAGCACAGACUAGCACGUGGUGUCUCUCUUGGAGCUGGAUGUUCUCCUUCCUCUGGUUUGCAGCCAUGAACGCAUCCUCGGUCUUGGUCCACUCCUUCUUCGAGCCGAUCUCUCCAGCAUGGCGCCUCUGGCUGGCCUGUGACGUGACAGCUACUGGCAUGGCGUCAACCAACGCCUUGCUCGCCAUUGCUCCUCUUCCACAGCUCCAGGGAUCCUUGACUGCCGUCACCUUGCUGAAUGUGCUGCUGGGGACUAUUGCCGCAAACUUGUCCCUGCUGGAGUGGAGCUGGCGGGAGGAGAUGUUGUACGUCCUCCCGACGAUCAUCGCAGCGCUUGCCCUCUCUUUGAGCUUCCUUGGAAGGGUGAGGCGGUCAGAAGCCUCCAGGAAGGAGAUUUUCUUCUUCCUUCUCAUGGUCCUCACUGGAGCUCUUCCUCUACUUCUUGCUCCUCUGUCGACACCUGCCCUCUGCUCGGUCCUCGGCAGUCUUGUCUUCGGCCUAGUUCACCUCGCGUUCCUGUCGAGUGUGAAUAUUUACUUGCUCAUGAUGUUCUGGUUGGCUGCUGCGCGCGAGGGCGAGGAGGAGAAGAAGAGGAAGUGAAUCGGAUGAGGAGCAGAGAAUUUCAACGACGAUGAAAACCGAU